GCAUGCUAAUAAUAGUUAAUUUCUAUGUAAAUAAAAUUUAUAAAAUGGGAAAAAUAGAGAGAGAAGCAAAUUUUUAUGUAAAUUUAUCAUCGAUAAAGCAGCGCUUUGACAGAUUUCCGUUUAAUCAGUAACUGGUACAUGGUAAUAACGUGCUGUCGAACCAAUUUACAUUGUAAGAUGGCAACACAUAACGAGGCAAUGUGUUACAUAAGUCGUCGUCAUCGACGAUCAGUGCCCGAAUAAAUUCCACGUACGCAUUUACUCCUUCACUCCAUUCCUUUCGUUCAAAGAGCGAUAAUAUAGUGCAUACGUGAUAACGUUCGAUUAAAACCCGCUCACUUUGAUGAUAACAGCUCAAUCUAGGUUUCAUUGCCGUUGUGAGACGUGGUCAUCGCAAUAAAACCGUUAUCAGUGCGAUAUCCGGACACCAGUAAACACGUACGAAAACAGUGAGAAGAUAACAAAAUAACGUCGUGCUAACUCUUGUCACCGCGAAUCGCUUGUGAUCUAUAUAUUUUAAAGAUUUUUAAACCGAUAUAUUGAAAUAUGUAUAUCUGUGUGUAAAUAUACGUGAUUGAUAUAUAAUUGUGCUAUCUCAUAAUUAUUCUUCAGCAUUAGAUAUUGUUAGGAUUUUAUUUUGUACCCUCAUUACUGCACGUUUAUUGUAUAUGAUGUUUUUAUACUUUUGAACAUCCAUUUCUCCUUUCUCUAAUACAAGUAUAAAGAUUGUUACUAGCUGCAGAGGUAGGCAUGUUUCCUCCGACCUACAUCGAGGGUUUUCACGACCCUGAAGCAGUAAAAUCUAUGAAGUACAAAGAGCUUGGGAAAACUGGGCUGCUUGUAAGCAAAUUAUCUUUCGGCUCCGGUCCGCUUGGCUGUCAUUACGGCACGUAUGACGAGGCGGACGCUAUCAAAGCUGUACGUGAAGCAAUAAGACAAGGCAUUAAUUAUAUCGAUACAGCACCGUGGUACGGCCAAGGUCGUUCCGAGGCAACACUCGGCAAGGCAUUAAAGGGCAUUCCUCGCGCAGCUUACUACCUCGCGACGAAAGUUGGCAGAUACGAGUUAGAUUAUGACAAUAUGUUCGAUUUUACCGUCGAGAAAACUCGGAAGAGUUUCAAGAAGAGUCUGGAACUGCUAGGAGUGGAUUAUGUCGAUGUUAUUCAGGUUCACGAUAUCGAAUUUGCACCCUCAUUAGAUGUAAUAGUCACGCAAACCUUACCGGAGCUGUCAAAGUACGUGGCCGAGGGCAAAGCCAGGCAUAUAGGUGUAACCGGGUACCCGGUGUCCAUACUGAAAGAAUGCGUCGAAAAAAGUAACAUAAAUAUAGCCAGCGUGUUGAGUUACUCGAGACUCACUCUCAUCGACGACACUUUGUUGGAAUACGUUCCAUUCUUCAAAAAGCACAAGAUCGGUCUAAUUAAUGCCGCAACACCAUGUAUGGGUCUCCUAACGAAUAAUGGCCCACCGAGCUGGCAUCCAGCCUCUGACGAGACAAAGAAACAAUGCGCGAAUGCUGCGCAAUAUUGCAAGGAACAUGACGUGGAACUCGGCAAACUAGCGAUAUGGCACUCCAUGCAAUACACGGAUAUAGACACCAAUUUGGUUGGAAUACAGAACACAAAGCAGUUGCAGAUGAAUCUGGAUGUGAUGCGAAACGGCAUUACGGAAAAAGAAAAAGCACUGUUGCAAGAAAUUCAAGAAACGUUUCUGUCGACAGUGAAGAAUCAGCACUGGGAAGGUAAAGAAAUCCGUGCGUACCGAGAAGCCACCAAGAAGAACAUAUGAGAAAAAUAUACUUUUAUUUCCGCCGUUUUAUGUACCAUUUAUAGAAUUUUAUCUUAGAAUUUAAAAAAUUAUACGACUAACAACGUUCUGCUCAUA